AUGGUUUAUUUUGGUAUAUUUGUAAGUCCGGUCACACUGGUGGACAUAGUAAAUUUAAUUAGAACUAAAUUAUGCAGAAACUUGUACUUUUUACACUCGUAGCUAUUACUUGCCAGCAAACCCAUGCCGAAUUCACGGCCGCCGACUGUCGGGAGCUGGGCUUCAUUAAGGCCCAGUUAAUGUGCUCCAGUUGCGACAAACUGGAUGACUUUGGCCUGGAGACCCUCAAGACCCCGUGCAAGCAGUGCUGCACUCUGGACCAGCAGCCGGCGGCACAGCGCACCUAUGCCAAGGCCAUUCUGGAGGUGUGCACCUGCAAGUUCCGUGCCUAUCCCCAGAUACAGGCCUUCAUCCAGAGCGGACGACCCGCCAAGUUCCCCAAUCUCCAGAUCAAGUAUGUCCGUGGGCUGGAUCCUGUGGUGAAGCUGCUCGAUGCCGCUGGCAAGGUGCAGGAGACACUGUCCAUAACCAAGUGGAACACGGACACCGUGGAGGAGUUCUUUGAGACGCAUCUGGCCAAGGAUGGCAAGGGCAAGAGCUCCUACAGUGUAGUCGAGGAGGCAGUCGACGACGACGACGAUGAUUAUCUGCUUACGAAUAAAGUUUGAAAUCUUGAUUCCAAUAAAAUACAUUCCACAGUUUUAGAGUGACUGAGGAUGGUACAAGAGAA